AUGCAAGCAAACUUACGUGCACUUGCUGCUCCAACGAGAGCGUUACUCAGAAACUCUAACAAAAUUAUUGAAAGAAGAUUAUUGUCAACAACAGCAUGUCGUUGCCAGACAGUAAAACCAGUCGCUACAAAGAAACAUUUCUUCUAUAGGAAAGCUGCCAAUUCCGUGCUCCAAGUUACUUUGGCAUCCCUACUUCUCGGAACAGGGUACAUUUCAUACUCAUUAUACAGGGAAUCGCACCCCAAGGCACAACAACCUCAGACAGAAACAUUCCCUGAUGGUCGUCCAAGGAAGACUCUUGUCAUUUUGGGGUCCGGUUGGGGGUCCGUUUCAUUGUUGAAAUCAUUAGACACCACAUUGUACAACGUGAUUGUAAUUUCUCCCCGUAAUUAUUUCUUAUUCACACCCUUUUUGCCCUCUACGCCAGUGGGGACCGUGGAUUUGAAAUCUAUUGUGGAACCAAUGAGGUCUAUUGUGCGUAGGUCACAAGGUGAAGUAAAAUAUGUGGAGGCCGAGGCCACGGAUAUCGACCCCAUUACCAAGGAAAUUAAAAUCGAGGAAAAUCAUGGGGAAAUUAAGACAAGUUUGAAAUACGAUUAUUUAGUUGUUGCAGUAGGUUCACAACCAACUACGUUCGGUAUUCCCGGUGUGAAAGAACAUUCUUCAUUUCUCAAAGAAGUCUCAGAUGCUAAGAAAAUUAGAGAGAAAAUAUUGGAAAAUUUGGAAUUGGCUAGUAAUUUAUCAGAAGAUGAUCCAAAGAGGAAAAGGUUGUUGAGUUUUGUCGUGGUCGGUGGUGGCCCCACUGGUGUGGAAUUUGCUGCUGAGUUGAAAGAUUACGUUGAUCAAGAUUUGACUAAAUGGAUGCCAAAAUUAAGUAAAGAAAUUAGAGUCACCUUGGUAGAAGGUACACCCAAUAUCUUGGGUAGCUUUGAUAAAAAAUUGAUUAAAUACGCGGAAGAUACUUUUAAUGAAGAACAUAUUGACUUGCAAUUGAGGACAAGAGUUAAAAGUGUCAAUUGUGAAAAUGUUCAAGCUUUAAAUCCAAAUGGUGAAUUAAUUGACAUACCAUAUGGUGUACUAGUUUGGGCAACCGGAAAUGCACCAAGAGAAGUUACUAAAAAUUUAAUGUCCAAAUUGGAAGAACAAACUUCAAGACGUGGGUUAUUGAUAGAUGAAAAACUAAGGUUAUUGGGUGCUGAGAAUUCAAUAUAUGCAAUUGGUGAUUGUACCUUUUAUCCUGGUUUAUUCCCAACUGCCCAAGUGGCUCAUCAAGAAGCUGAAUAUCUUUCAAGGGUAUUCAAGAAAUUAAAUAAAAUUGAUCAAUUAGAAUGGCAAGUUCAAAAGACAAAGGCCAACGAAAAUAUCACUGAAAAGGAUACAAAGACACUGGAUAAGAACAUUGAUAAAUUACCAACAAAGAUUGAAAACUUUAAAUAUAAUCAUCUAGGUGCUUUGGCUUAUAUUGGUGCUGAAAAGGCUGUGGCUGAUUUAUCCAUGUUUGGUACCUCAAAACAAUAUUUGACUGGGUCAUUUACAUUCUUAUUCUACAAGUCAGCAUAUUUGGCAAUGUGUCUUUCCUUUAGGAAUAGAAUAUUGGUUACCUUGGAUUGGGCCAAGGUAUAUUUCUUUGGUAGAGAUUCCUCUGUUUAA